AUGAACACUAUCGGCAUCUAUCAGGCAUACCUUGCUACGCACCAGCUCGCUAAUUACAGCGAGAGUACAAUCGGAUGGAUCUUCAGCCUUUAUGUCUUCCUGUCGUUCUUCUGCGGGCUGCAAAUCGGGCCCAUCUUUGAUGCCAGAGGGCCUAGGAUGUUGAUAGCGGCUGGCACGGUGUUCCUUCUCCUCAGCAUUUUCUUGCUUGGCAUCUGUACAUCAUACUGGCACUUCAUCCUAGUCUUCUCUAUCCUGGGCGGCAUAGGCACGUCUCUCGUCUUUACGCCUGCAGUCUCUGCCAUUGGCCACUUCUUUUUGGUCAAGCGCGCCAACGCAACUGGCAUUGCCGCUGCAGGCGGCUCACUUGGUGGGGUGAUCUUCCCGCUCAUGCUGCAAUCUCUCUUCCCCAAACUCGGCUGGGGCUGGGCUACCCGGAUCCAGGGCUUCAUCUUCGUGGUACUGCUCAUUCUUGCAAACCUGCUCAUUCGCUCUAGACUUCCACCCAAAGCAGGCGGCAGCGUGCUACCAGACUUUAGGAUCUUCCGACAGCCAGCGUUCGCCCUGGCAACGGUGGGCACGUACUUUCUCGAAUGGGGUCUCUUCAUACCGAUCACCUACCUCACGAGCUAUGCUCUGGCUUCCGGCGCCAUGAGCACAACCUUCUCGUACCAACUCAUUGCAAUCUUCAAUGCUGGCUCAUGUCUGGGCCGCUGGGCGCCGGGCUACAUGGCCGAUAAGUUCGGACGCUACAAUACUAUGGUGGCAACAGUCAUCGGGUGCAUGAGCAGCUCGCUCGCCUUGUGGCUACCAGCAACUGUCCUUGCUGCUGAAAACGGCAGCAACAACACAACCAUUCUUGGUCUAUCAAUCGCCUACGCAGUGAUCAUGGGCUUCGCUUCGGGCUCGAACAUCUCGCUCACUCCAGUCUGCGUCGGCAUGCUGUGCGACACCGAAGAGUAUGGACGCUAUUACGCCACAUGUUACACGAUCGUCUCUUUCGGGACGUUGACUGGUGUGCCAAUUGCUGGUGCCAUUAUCUCGGCUUGUGGUGGAGCGUAUUGGGGUGUAGCAACCUUCACCGGACUCUGUUACGUAUGUGCGGGGAUAUCGUUCGCUGCGGUUAGGGUGAUGAAGGUUGGAUGGAAAUUGAACGUGAUCUACUGA